AUGAACACUUUAAAUAAUAAAAAUGAAAAAUCAGGGGAGUCCGGUCCUCCCUUAAUAAAGCCGGAAGGAGCGGAUUGUUCCGAAAAAAGAGCAGCGUUUGCAACGAGCUCUAAGACAGUCAGCACGAAGACAGUGGCUUUGCCUGGUCUGAAUGUUAAGGCUGGCACCAGUGCUGGAACUACAGCUAAGCCAGGUUCCAGCAAGGCAACAACAACAGCGGCACCCGGAGCCAAGCCUACCAACCAGAGGCAGAAGGCAAAGGGAGACGCCAAAAGUUUAGUUGCUGGUGCAGUGCCGAAAGAAUGGCCUACCCUCAGGGUGGAAGAGCCAUCGAAGGCGAAGUAUGCAGAGAGGAAACGCGCUGAUGGAGAUCCCGAAGGCAGAAUUCCCAGAACCCAAUGGAAAUGGGUGCAAGCUGCGCUGGCUAACGUGGCCCUGGAAGUGCUACUAAGCAAUCCGGGUCCACCGCCGUCAUGCACAGAUGCCGGUUGGUACCAGGGCCAAAUUAAAAUAGUAGCAUGUGACGACGAACGAUCGGUCCAGCUCUAUAAAGCCGCCUUAGCGAAAGUGGGAGAGGUAUAUCCUGGGGCCAAACUAAUAGCGGUCGACAGAAAAGAUAUACCGUCUAGACCAAGGGCACGAGUGUGGAUACCGGCUACACCAUCUCAGCCGGAUCAAAUUAUGCAGCUGAUCAGGGCUUGCAACCCUAACCUACCAACGGGGGGUUGGAAGUUCGUUAAGGCAUUCGACGAAGCGACAACCGAAUCGGGCGUGGAGACCAAAAGGGCCACAAUGCAGAUUUUGUUGUUGCUAACGAAUGACGCAAUCGAACCGCUUAACAGAAGUGGCGGUGAAAUCAACUAUGGCUUCACUAAGGUCAAGGUGAAGACAUAUAAAGCAGAUGCCGGAGCUAUCGACCAUCUUACCUCGGAUAACGAGAUGGGUGAAGUGGAGGAAGAUCCUAUGGAGUCCUCGAGCGAUGUGCCUUGCCUCGAACAAGUGACUUGGACACAACGGCAGUAA